CGCCCAAGAAGAGAGACCCAAGAUGGCCGACGCGACGCCCGCCCCCGCCCCCAAGAAGCUCACCAAGAAGGAGCUGCGCAUCCUCGAGCGCCAGAAAGCGGCUGCGGCCGCCGCCGGCCCCACGCUCACCGACACGUACGGCGAGCUGCCGCUGAUCCAGUCGCAGGAGCGCCCCAACAAGGCCUACAAGUCCGUGAAGGACCUGAACCCGGAGCUGCAGGGCGAGAGCUUUUGGGUGCGAGGCCACCUGCAAGCCGUGCGCGCCAAGUCCAAGAUCGCCUUCAUCACGCUGCGUGAGCAGACGGCCACGAUCCAGGCCAUCCUGCACGAGAGCGACAAGGUCUCGCGCCCCAUGAUCAAGUUCGCCGCCGGCGUGUCCAAGGAGUCCGUCGUGGACGUGUUCGUCACGCUCAGUGUGCCCGACAGCCCCGUGCUCAGCACCACGCAGAAGGACGUGGAGCUCAACGUGGAGAAGUUCUUCGUGGUCAGCAAGGCGCUGCCUGAGCUGCCCUUCCAGGUGGAGGACGCCGCUCGCCCCGACGCCGUCGUCAAGGCCGAGGGCUCGACCUACGUGAACGUGGGCCUCGAGACCCGUCUCAACACGCGCCCGCUUGACCUGCGUACGCCCGCCAACCAGUGCAUCAUGCGCAUCCAGGCUGCUGUCGGCCAGCUCUUCCGCGAGUUUCUCAUCAAGCGCGACUUCGUUGAGAUCCACACGCCCAAGCUUGUGGGUGGCGCCUCGGAGAGCGGUGCCAACUGCUUCACGCUCAAGUACUUCGACCAGGACGCCGCCCUGGCUCAGAGCCCUCAGACCUACAAGCAGAUGGCCUGCGCCGUUGCCGGCCUCGAGCGCGUGUUCGAGAUUGGCCCCGUCUUCCGUGCCGAGAACUCGAACACGCAUCGUCACAUGUGCGAGUUCGUCGGUCUUGACCUGGAGAUGACCAUCAAGGAGCACUACCACGAGGUGCUGGAGGUGUUCUCGGACCUGUUCAUCUACAUCUUCGACGGCCUGAAGGAGCGUUACGCCAAGGAGCUGGCCAUCAUCAACGAGCAGUACCCGUUCGAGCCCCUCAAGUACAACAAGCCCUCGCUCAUCAUCAGCUUCGAGGAAGGUGUGAAGAUGCUGCAGGCGGCUGGUGCCUCGCAGGAGCUCGAGGACGACUUGAACACCGAGAACGAGAAGCUGCUCGGCCGCCUCGUCAAGGGGAAGUACGACACGGACUUCUACAUUCUGGACAAGUUCCCGCUGGCCGUGCGUCCGUUCUACACGAUGCCCGACCCGAAGGACAAGCGUUGGAGCAACUCGUACGACAUGAUGAUCCGUGGCGAGGAGAUCGUCUCCGGUGCGCAGCGUGUGCACGACCCCAACCUCCUCAUCGAACGCAUGAAGGAGCUGGGUGUGCCGCAGGAGUCCAUGCGCAACUACAUCGACUCCUUCCGCCUUGGUGCUCUGCCCCACGGCGGCGGCGGUAUCGGUCUGGAGCGUGUUGUCAUGCUUUACCUGGGCCUUGGCAACAUCCGUAAGGCGUCUAUGUUCCCGCGUGACCCCAAGCGGUUGUUCCCGUAA